CCAAGUCCACUUGCCUCAAACCAAGACUCCUCAGAAAGGAAACUUGGCUCCCUCCCUUCCCCCCAUCUGUCCAAACUGCAUAGCAGUGCAGUGCUCACAGCUGCUAUUUUUCCUGAGCUGCAGCUUCAGGUUGUUGCUGCCCUACUCCUGGCUACUAUUUCAGUCUCUUUGCUGCUUUCUCCCCCUCUCGCAAGGGCAGAUGUCUCAAAGCGUGGAAGCUGCAAAGGAAGAAUGCUAAAGGAACAACGGCUCAGGAUCAGAAGCAAAGGUUCUGCACAUAGCAAGUUCUACAGAUCUUCUGAGAGAGCACUAGAUGGUAAUGCUAACUUCAGCGCUAUGCGUCCCAGGCUGGUGAUGUAACUGCACAAGAGAACUUUGGGCAAACUUCACCAUGGGCGCAAACACCUCCAGCAAGCCACCGGUCUUCGAUGAAAAUGAAGAGGUGACCUUUGACCACUUUGAAAUUUUGCGAGCCAUUGGGAAAGGCAGCUUUGGAAAGGUCUGCAUUGUACAGAAGAAUGACACCAAGAAAAUGUACGCCAUGAAAUACAUGAACAAACAGAAAUGUGUGGAGCGUAAUGAAGUGAGAAAUGUGUUCAAAGAGCUGCAGAUUAUGCAGGGCCUGGAACACCCCUUCCUGGUUAAUUUGUGGUACUCAUUCCAAGAUGAGGAGGACAUGUUCAUGGUGGUGGAUCUACUUCUUGGAGGAGAUCUGCGUUAUCAUCUACAGCAAAAUGUUCGAUUUCAAGAAGCCACUGUGAAACUCUUUAUCUGUGAGCUGGCAUUGGCACUGGACUAUCUCCAGAGCAGACACAUCAUCCACAGGGACAUGAAGCCUGACAACAUCUUACUGGAUGAGCAUGGACAUGUGCACAUCACAGAUUUCAACAUUGCCACGAUACUGACUAAAGGGAUGCAGGUCACCACGAUCGCUGGCACAAAGCCAUAUAUGGCGCCAGAGAUGUUUAACUCAACAAAACCUACAGGCUAUUCCUUUGCUGUUGACUGGUGGUCUUUAGGAAUUACUGCCUAUGAGCUACUUAGAGGCCGGAGGCCCUAUCACAUUCGCUCCAACACAUCGACAAACGAAAUUGCUCACGUGUUCAAGACGGCUACUGUCAUGUAUCCUGCUGCUUGGUCUAAAGAAAUGGUGUCGCUACUCAAAAAGUUGCUUGAACCAAAUCCUGAGGAACGUUUUGCUCAGCUGAAAGAUAUCCAGGACUUUCCGUAUCUGGCUGAUAUUAACUGGGAUGCAGUCCUACAGAAGAGGAUAAUGCCAGGAUUCAUUCCCACUAAAGGUAGACUGAAUUGUGACCCAACCUUCGAACUUGAAGAAAUGAUCCUGGAGUCCAAACCUCUUCAUAAGAAAAAGAAGCGCUUAGCUAAGAAGGAGAAAGAUACCAACAAAAGCUAUUCCUCACAGGGCUGCCGUCUUCAGAAGCACCUGGAGUCACUGCAAAGGGACUUCAUUGUUUUCAACAGAGAAAAGAUGAGGAGACACCACAAUGAAAUCCAAGAGAAUAUAACACUGGCACAAACCAAAGACCCAGAAGAAGAAGACAGCCAGAACAACAACCUCUGAGCUCACUUAGCCUCUGCCCUGGUGUGUUCCCCAAGGGUUCAUUGCACACCUACACAUGUUCAUGGAGCUCGGUGAAUAGAAUUACCCACUGAUAAAAGGACAAUGCACAUACCCCAGCACGGGGUGUCUAAGCCAGAAAUUUGUGCACCUUUCUUUUCCUCCUUCCACCCUAGGUCAGGUGAAUACAGGGGACCAGGGAGAGGUCUUUAGUACUGCCCCUGCAAAUAACCUGACAAAAUUAACAAGAGUCAGAUCCUCCUUCUCUGCCGGAGAUGGUUGCAGGAAUUUGACCACAAGAAGAUGUCUCUUUUUCAGACGAGACCCUGAGUGCAGGAAGGAGGAGCUUAUCCUUGUGGAGCAGGAUGCCUGCUGGCACAACAUUUGGGUAUUGAGUGCCUAGUGUAAAUCUGGGCUAGGGAUCAGUUGAUUGCCAGUGGGAAGCAACAGAAGGGUAUUUAAUGCAUAAUUAGAUCUGUCACAUAGAAUCAAUAUUAGAGAUGAGCCAGCAGCAGAAUCACAGACCCAAACUUUUUGGAAGUUUGGAUUUUGACAUGAGCCUCAUAGCUUAGACUCAUCUCUAAUUGUUAGAGGCAGAAGGGGCUGCUCUCAGCCGCCAGGCAGAAGACAGGAUCUUUGCUUCCAGCAAGGUCUUUCUAAUAUUUCUUUAGUCUGUGGUAGGGAAAUGAUCUAGUUCCUCAAUAUGGGGAAAAGGCAAUAAUGGUUUCUUAUGUUUGUUUUGCUGUUUCUGAGUGAUGAAAUUCCCUAGCUUCCCUGACCUUAUGCUGUUGGGCAGGGCUGGCUCAGCAAUGGCUAAGAACAUGUGAACAAUGGGGACUGGUAGGGAAACCUACUCAUUUGGGUCAGAAAAGGAAAAGGUAGUAGCUCUGUAUGCUGGAUAACACGCUAGGGUGGAUGCUUCACUAGCACAUACUACAGACUAAGUUCACCACUGGCAUAAGCAGAUGCAACUCCAUUGAGUCCAAUGGGGUUGUGGCCCCUUACACCGGAGGUAAAUUUGGUUAUGCAUCUUUAAGUGUGCUAGAACGUCAACUUUGUAGUCUCCACUUCCCUUUCACUAAGGUGUUAGACAUGAACAUUAUGGACCAAAUUCAACCUUGGUCUAAGCAGCCACAAUGCCCAACGGUAACUGCACCAACUUACACCAAGACUGAAAUUGGCCAAAACACCUGGUUUAUAGUGAUGCUGUGAAUGAUGCUAUCUGUUAAAGCAUUAGGGCCCUGAGUUCUCACCUUCUUGUUUUGCUUCUGUCUUACUCUCACUGUGUGUUAAACUGUCUCCCAUCUGCCCAAAGCUGUUCUUUGUACCCCCCUGCGACUUCCGUUCUCUCCUUGUCUGAAUCUGAUCGAGUAGAAGUCUGAAUAAAAACAAGGUAUGAGACUC